CCCAGCAUUCUCUCUGUGUUUGUUUCCAGGGCGACCGCCUGAUCAUCAAAGGAGGGAAAAUCGUCAAUGACGACCAGUCGUUCUACGCCGACGUCUACGUGGAGGACGGGACCAUCAAGCAGAUCGGGGAGAACCUGAUCGUCCCGGGCAGCGUGAGGACAGUGGACGCGUAUGGUCAGCUGGUCAUCCCCGGAGGCGUGGACGCCAACACCAGCCUGCAUGCCGCACAGAGAGGCUUGCAGCCCGCCGACGGCUUCUACCAGGGGACGCUCGCCGCCGUGGCCGGAGGGACCACCACCAUCAUGGACCACGUGCUGGUAGAGCCGGGGACCAGUUUACUGACGGCGUUCCAGCAGUGGAAGGAGGCGGCGGAGCAGCGAGCGUGCUGCGACUUUUCCCUGCACUUCGACAUCACGCGCUGGCACGACGGGCUGUACGAGGAGCUGGAGACGCUCGUCAAGGACCAAG